AUGUCAGACGACGUGAAGCAGGUUUUCGCCGACGCUGUGAAAGCAACCAAAGGCCUCAAUAAGCUACCUUACGGUGACAGGGGUCUCCAAGACCUGCAAGCGUGUGUGGAUCGGGCGCCGACGUACCCCGAAGACGACCCCGAUCCCGGUCAUUGGGCUAUCGACAUCUUCGCGAUCGCCGACUUGUUGACCAAGCUGAUGUUUCCCUCGGUCGCGAAUGGAAUUGCGAGUUUGGAAAGCAACGAUGACCCUCAGAAUUUUCAAUGGUCUAAUACCCUCUGGGCGGAGGCCCGGGGCAAGGGAGAUCCCGACCAGAUGGAUUCCAUCGUCCGCUUCUGCGGCCGCGUGGCCAGCUUCGACAUGUGCCUUCUCGAUGCGAUCACCGGGUUCCAGGUCCCCGCGAAGACAUUCACCGUGACCAAGGCCUUCUAUGAAAUGAGUGAGACCGGCAGUGGGGCCCGCGCUGUGGCAGAUGAUGUGUCUUGCUACAACGAGGGCCAGUACGGGUUGGUGGGGGACAAUCGUCCGGUCAGAGAUGAAGCUUGCGGUUUACACACUCCGUUGAUGGUUUCUGGUUUCCUGCCGGAAACCCCCAUUGCACUUGCCGAUGGGAGCUCACGACCGGUGGAGGACUUACGUUCAGGGGUGCAAUGCUGGCUCCUGAUCACCCGGAAAAACGGCCAGUCUCCCUGCAUACCUGCCUCGCAGGUGUUCCAGACAACUACCGGACCACGGGCAGUAGAUGUGAAGGGAGCCCGACGUUUCAACCCCUAUCGACACAUUGGCCAGCUCGCCGUCGGACACAUGCUCUUCCGGGUAGAGGGACAGGAAUGGAUUACGGUGGAAAUCAAGUCUAUCGACCAAGACAAGGUGCCUCCAUCGGAACUGACACACACGCUGGCGUUGGCUGCGGAGCACCAGACCUAUCACGCACAUGGUUAUGUGGUUGAGACGAAUGCCCCCUGUCAUACACCUGGAAAAACCAGAUGGAGGCUACGCCAGCGCUUGAACUGGGAACUAUUCGGUCAAUACAAUUCUUCAGAGGGAAAUCAUCCUGUGUCAUGGAAUUCCAUCGCUUCUCUGUCGUUUAGAGACUGGGUCAACCUCAGAAAGGCCCAUGAAGUACCUAAAGGGGUGGCAAUUGAACGGCUCAAGAGAAACUUUUCCCUCGACGCUCAUGCCCCGGAUCGCCUACCAGCCGGAUAUGAGCUUCCGACUUUGACCCUACUAGUCGAUGGCUAUUUCAUGGUCGACGACGAUGUGCAGCUCCGAAGCACCUAUGAUCCCCGCCAGAGAAGCAUCCAAUGGGCGCGCCUCUUCGAGCAUGGAGUUGUGGAGAUCUACUCCCAUGCAACCGCAGGACGCGGGGCUAUCUACCUAUCUUCCGAAUCCGAGCCUCAGAAAACGCUCUGUCGGGACCAGACCCAUUCCUUUGAGGCACAGGGACGAAGCCUGAACUCCCGAUUAACCAGCACGAGGCGGGCGGCUGACGAUGACAUCGACAUCCCCGGUGUUCGAUUACCUGCACUUGACGAUCUAAGAGACAAAAUCAACCAAAAGUAUGGGCAACACCUGGGAGACUUGUACCAGGUGGUAGGGAAGCUGUACAGCAGUAACGAGACCUACGAGAGCUAUGACCUGUAUAACAAGACCUUCGAUGUGGGCUUCUCGGAUCUGGACAUUGAUGUGACUAUACCAGCACUCUUCCAGGAGGUGACGCUCAAGCUCGAUGAUAGCGACAUUUUUGAUGAUAAGAUCACUGGCUACUUCUUUGAAUACGAUCCGACGAAACGAGAAAACAAGGGCAACCGUCAUCUGGUAAAAGGGACUCUGAAGGAUGAUUCAGCAGUUCAGGCCUGUCGCUCCAAGAUCUCCCAGGCGUACGCUGCCAUCACAAGACCUGGACAGAUCGACACUGUCGCCAACGAACGGCUUCGACCAGCACGAAUCACCGAGACUCUUCCCUCCUCCACCGCGCUGAGUAUCAAAGAUCUCAUCAACCUCGCAGGCUACGAUGAAAAAUCGGUCCUCAAUAAAACGCAAACACUUAUCAAGGAAAUGAUGCUGUACCAGAUGAAUGGUGAUCAAAGGGAAAAGAUCCUGCAUAAACCCAGGCCGGACAAGGAUUUUCCAGCCUCUCUCGCCGGCAACCUUCCACAGAAGCUGAAAGUUAUCUUCAAGAACAAGUACGCCCCUGCGUUCAUUUGUCGCUACGUCGGGCGGACGUCAAGUUACAUGAAUGAUUUCACGGAAAAAGAGAUGAACAACCUCUGGUACUGGUGGCAGGGGAAUGGCAAAAACAGUCUCUCGCAGAGUGAAGAAUACAACGACAUCAACCGCCUAGUUUCUUGGGAGGCGAUGUUUCGGAUGAAUAAGGAGAAAUUGGAACCGUACCGAGCAGACAAUCCGGAUAAUUGGGCUGAACAGCUUUACACCUUCCUUCUCAAUAACCCUCGCCAGCUGCGCAAGUGGGCGCAUUUUCCCAUCGAUGACAGUGUCAGUACCGUCUCGUCACCCUCCUACCCUCUUUCUCCAAUGUUCGAGGCAACCAGUUCCAUGCUAACAUGUCAUUCAUUUUUUGGGAUUCCAAGUACCCAUGGCUACACGAUUCCAUAUCCAUCCAUUUCAAGCGAUGUGGAGGCGGCGUUGCGGGGGCAGAUCGAAGAGUUUGAGAAACAGAACAACUUGAACCAGCAAGCUGAUGCUGAGCAGCGCGCGGCAGCGAUCCUCGAUAAAAGUGCCACAUUCAUGAAGGAGAUCGCCGGUUCCAGACCCCUUGCCAUCGCUUCGCCAGAAGCUUUGGUGCAACUACCCAGCCAUACGAAUAAUCAGGCGGAUCAACUGAUUGCAUACCAGGUUGGCAUGACGCUGGCAGUGGCGGCGGUGAAUCUCUGGUCCCUCGUUAAAUCGUGGGAUGCCAUGUCUGAUUCUCAACGAACGGAUGUGAUCAUCCAAGUAAUUCGUAAGGUGGCUGACGAUGUCGAUAAAGCGCUGAAUGCUUUUAAGAGUUUCCAUCAGAGCCUGACGGAAGAAAUCAUGGAGAAUGGGGAGACGAUGGACGAGGUGGCGGAGAAGAUCGCCGGUGAUGAAGACUAUCGAGUGGCCAUCGCCGACGGGCUUCAUUCCGAGGGAGCUACCACGGCGCCGGAGGGCGAAGAAACGUGGAACGAAGAUCUUAAUGCCAUUGCCGAUGAUAUUCCCCUCAGCUAUGAAGAAGCAGCCAAACGGUUCAACUGGUCGGGCAAGCUGCUACGGGUUUUCAACGCCAUCCCGGGCCUCGGUCUGGUAGUUGCCACGUCUUUCUCCCUCGCCAAUGACUGGAACUCUCUGUCGGAUCCCGGCAAAGUCCUGGGCGUGUUGAAUGUUGUUGUCCAGGGAUUGACGGUACUGCUGGAUAUGAUCGAGGUCGGAUCCGACAUCGGGCUCUGGGCCGUGACUGAAACCAUGAGCGUGGCGUUACCGAUCCUUGGGGCUGUUCUGGCGGUGGUUGGCAUCGUUCUCGUGAUUGUCCAGGUCCUGAUCAACUUCUUCAUGGGCACCAAGCCCCCUCCCGACCCUAUAGCCGAUUUCAUCGAGGAGGAGGCAUAUGGGCGGCUCAUCGACACCUUUGAUACUGCUUCCUCCCCCCAGCUCUCAUACACGAUCUCCGACCUCAAGGUCACCGCAGGGCAAGUGAAGACCAUCACAAUCAAGGGAGAAAACAAGUCGUCCGACGAUGUGACCGUAUCUAACGCCGUCAUAACUCUCUAUUCCGGGGACGACAGUGCGUGCCUCUUCAGCAACGGGGCCGACGAGACCGAGAAUAUUCAGUUGGUGGAUGAUAGCGAUUCAAACCACGACAGCGAUGGAUACACAUAUGUGACUCCUGCCGACACUACCGCGGCACAAUUUCCCACCCCCGGAAGACUCGGGAAUACGUCUGCGUACUACGGAUAUGACCUCCAGAUGGCGGGUCCUCCAGCCACGUCCACCAAGCUGAAGGAACUUGUUGUCAAGGCGUGCGAAUAUUUCGAGUCCAUCUGGACGGCCAAGAUCAACAAAAAGGGCGACUCGGAUGACAGCUCCGUCAGUGGGAUUGAGAUUGUCGAGAAUGGGCUGAAGGAUCGAUGCCAGGUGCAGUUCGCGUUGCAGCGAGUUUAA